AAACUAUUUUUAAAAAACAAGUUCCUAGGAAGUCAUAUGACUGAUCUUUUCCAACAUGGCUCGAGCACUGUUGUUGUUUGUGUUUAUGUUGUCUGGUGUCUUUGCUGGACGCUACUUUAACGAGAAACAGCCAUGCUAUCGACCCAAGCUGACCAAGCACAAUGGAGUCAGGACGUUGCCUAGACCCCACAAGUUCCUGAAACUCAAUGAGCUCCCCAAGACGUGGGACUGGAGGAACAUCAACGGCACCAACUACGUCAGCACCACCCGCAACCAGCACAUCCCCCAAUACUGUGGCUCCUGCUGGGCACAYGGCAGCACCAGCGCCAUGGCAGAUCGCAUCAACAUCAAGCGAAAGGGAGCCUGGCCCUCUGCUUAUCUGUCAGUCCAGAAUGUGGUGGACUGUGGUGAGGCCGGCUCCUGUCAUGGAGGGGAUCACUCUGGAGUGUGGGAGUACGCCAACAAACACGGCAUCCCUGACGAGACCUGCAACAACUACCAGGCCAAGGACCAGAAGUGCAAACCAUUCAAUCAGUGUGGAACCUGCACAACGUUCGGGGUCUGUAACAUCAUCCAGAACUAUACCCUGUGGAAGGUCGGAGACUUCGGCGCCAUCAGUGGGAGGGAGAAGAUGAUGGCUGAGAUCUACGCUGGAGGACCUAUCAGCUGUGGAAUCAUGGCCACUGACAAGUUGGAUGCCUACACUGGAGGCCUGUACUCUGAGUACAUUGAGGAGCCCUUCAUCAACCACAUUGUAUCUGUUGCCGGCUGGGGCAUGGAUGAGAACGGUGUGGAAUUCUGGAUCGUCCGCAACUCAUGGGGAGAGCCAUGGGGUGAGAAGGGCUGGCUGAGGAUCGUGACCAGCGCCUACAAGGGAGGAAGUGGCAGUCAGUACAACCUGGCACUGGAGGAAGACUGCAUGUACGGAGAUCCCAUCGUGCCCAAGACCUACAUGUAGACAACAGGCAGUGGGACCAACCAAUGUUUCUUCUGAAGACCUGGGGCCUCCAUCAACCGUUGUGUAAAUUUCACACUAAAUAUCUGUCUGCCAUUUCUGAGAAUACAUACGUAUCAAAAUAUUGAGAUUUUAGGACUCAGACCUGUCGUAAAACUACACACGUGAAUGAGCUCUGCCUGGAAAAUGCCCUCAUUCACAUUUUUAUGGUGACAAUAAUGCCCUUUUAUUUGCUAUAUCUAUUGGAAUUAGGCCAGUUUCUAAAAGAAAGCACAAAUUUGAUCAAAUGUUUUUAGAGAAUCUUAAUAUUUUGCAAAAGACCGUUUCUGAAAGAGAAAAAAAAGUGGCAAAUUUUUGUGGACCUGUCAGUCAGUAGAACGUUUGAAUUCAAUGUUUUGCAUAGACUUUACCCCCCAACCUAAAUAUGCUGGACUUCCCGUGAAAUCGGAAACGUUGUCUAGUCUACUCUCAAACAUUUAAUUUAUGGUAAGCUACUGACAGUUCCAAACAUACUUCAAUGUAAAAGACUAUCUUAUAAACUGCACUGCCUAUGGGAUUGCAUGGACUAUAUAUUUACUAGGCCCAUUUUAAAUUAGAUGUGCAUGGUAAUUUGUUGUAUGGCUAGCAUCCAGAAAAGGGGAGGAAUUUAUUCUGCAAUGGUUAUGAAAAUAAAAUAGGAAAUAAUUUCCUAAUUAUUUUAGAUUCCAAAAAACUAAAUGUAUACCUAUCCAUUUUUGCAAUUUAAUUUUUGUUGUUGAAUAAGCGUGUCAUCCACCAUUUGCACAAAAUACCAACUUGCCUGCUUGGAAUACCAGACUUCAACCACUACAAAAUGUGUUUUCAUGAAUGCCAACUUCUGCAUAUAGGCAUUGUAUAUCUACGACAAUCUCAGGCUACUCAGGCUACUUCCACAUUGUAACAUGGUAAAAUCAGGAAAAGGGAAGUUAUUUAAAAAAAUGUUGCCUUGAUGUGCUUUCGGAUCUUUUUCUUAUACAAAAUGUUACUGAACAAGUCAUUAUGUACAAAUGCUGAUAUUAGAUGCACAAUUAGCUUAAGCUCAAAAGGAUAGGAAGAACUAAUUGUGGCUGUAAAUGUUGAAGCUUUGAUCAAUUCUGA